UUGCUGUUGACACCAAAACGAUUCAUACUGCUGCAUUGAAACCAGAUUUGAUUGUACAGAUUCCACAUCCUGAUUCCAGACUUGUGUACCCAAUGCAUUUGUGUUCGUCUAAGCCAAAUUCUUACAUUGCCUGUGGUUUUGAUAUUACAUGUUAUUUUAAGAUAUUUAAAUACCUACAAAUGUGUAAUGUGCGAAAUCAAGUUGUUGCAGUUACUAUAUGCAUUGAAUACAUCUAACUUUUUUUUCUUUUUUUUUUUCUAACGACUCUUUAUGUACUUAAACCCCAGAUGAUGUCAACAGCCAAGAAAUUCCUGCUACGUGUAUACCUUUCAUCUGAUGUUGCCGUGAAGUUAACCCUGUCUGAGAGGCCCGAAUCUGUGGAGGAGCUCAUAAACAUUCUGAAAGAGAAAGUCAAGCAAAGACUGGACUUUGAGUUCACACUACAAUACGAGGAUCCAGACUUUGACGGUCAACUCAGCUGCCUGGUUGAUAUUAAUGAGUUACCAGAGAAGGGCACAUUAAGAGUUGUCAGAACAGAAAGUGACACCAGCUCCUGUGCAAGUUCUGACACAGACAUCCUGCCUCAUGUGCCUGUUAGCCACCGCCUAAAGACUUGGCCUGAUGUUUUCCCCGUGCCCACCUUUUCCUAUGAGGUGGAGCAUGUCCUUGCAGAGGGAAAUGAUCUCUUUGAGAGCUCUGGAAAGACUGUGAAAUUAAACAGGGCCCAGAAACAUAACAUCUUGGAGACGAUGGCUGCAGCAAUGCACAGCUACAAAUCCUAUCCCAGUGACAGAGAUGUGGGUGUGGCAGCUGAAGCGCUUGUCAGAACACAUCCAUGUCUUAAAGAGCUAGGAAGUGUGAGUGGUUGGUAUGGUUGGAAAGUUAGCCUCAAGUUUAAGAUGGGGAAUUACCGCACAAAGUUGGCCAGAUCUGGUUGUCUGGAGGUGUCUAUCAACACUGGCAAAAGAAGCAGGAACAACCCUGACAGAGACAGUCCCCACACCAACAUAAAAAGAGCCAGACGAGCAGAGGUAAACUACCUCCCAGACUUUCCUCGCGGAGAAAACCAGGCUAGUCUAGAAGGAAUGAGACUACAGAUUACACAAGAAGUGGCAAAGAGUGACAAGGACAAAAUUUUAAUUGAAAAGCUGAUGCAGACAACCUUUGCCCUUCGUCGUCAGGAGAUUGUCCAGGAAAGUCCACUGGUAAAGGACAUCCUGGAGCGAUGGCCAGCCCUUCAGAUGGAAGCUCAGGUUUGUGCUGAAUUCCAUCGAAUCGCAAACAUAAACCUUCGGAACCAGUUUUAUUCAGAGCUUGACCGGCAUACACCACGACUUCUGGCGGUGUACAGACAGAAAGCGGGACGCACUGGCAAGGCCUCCGAAGCCCUGCGCAACAUUUUAAAGCUGUAUGAUCAGCAAGUACAGGAUAUUGACAUCAAACGCACCACAGCACUUUGGGCCCUCUCAGCGUACCUAUGUGAAGAUGACCCAGAUUUCUACAAAACUUGGAAUACUGAGGAGACAGAUGAGCCAGACAUCACAGACACUCCUGUUGCCCUCGUCAUGAUGGUCACCGAGAGCACCUUGGAAAUGGUCCCCUUCACCCCCGACAGCUUUUCCAUUGCGGUGGAGGACAACAUGAUGAUCAUGAGUAUCUCCAGAUUCUCAGAUGCAUUCGCAAUGGUAUUUGGCUUGAUGUAUGUCCUGCACUUGGACUACCCCAGCAAACUCACCAACACUUUUACAUUCAUCCAAAAAGUGGUGAUGGGGCUUGAUGAUGGUAAGCCACUGAAACCCCGCCUACUCAGUCUAAAACAUGACCUGCUCCAGUAAGAGUUGGCAUUGUUGCAAGGUGUGUGUAGGAGAAGAACUACAGCACACCAGUUUGUUUUAAAGAAAUGUUGUUGUUGAAAGCAUCUUAAAGUUUACAGCAGGUGGGUAAUGUUCCGUCAAACAAACUACCUCAGGUGCUCAUGUUUGCACUUUAUUGUUUUCAUACAACACAGUUGUGUUAAAAAAGUGUUAAAUUAUAAUAACGUCUUAAGUUUCAUUAUGCUUGUCUUUAUCACAGAAGACUAUACAUUUUAUUUACUUGUUUACUUUUCUUUUAUUUUCCAUUUGAACUAACAUUUUUUUGCUGAAAAUGUACAUGUUUUAAAAUGUAUGUGUUUUAAAAAUUUAGCUGUUUGAAAUCAAGCACUUUGAAGCUCACUUGUGAGCUUUCUUAUUGUGUAUUUUUGUACAAAGAGAUAAAGUUAAGGUCAGCUAAACAGUAGAUAAGAGAUGUUCAUGUGCUCUAUGCUAAAUUUAAUGUUCAGCAAAGGUUUUAAUAUCUUGCUGUGGGUUUAAAAAAAACACUGUUAUGAUUGUGUUUGAAUUUAAAAAACUGAAAUGAAUAAAAAAAAUAAUUGACCAGUUGAA